CAUGAAGCACUUGCCGUACUUCUGCCGCGGGGAGGUGGUGAAGGGCUUCGGCAGGGGCUCCAAGGAGCUGGGCAUCCCCACAGCUAACUUUUCUGAGCAAGUAGUGGAAAGCUUUCCAUCUGAUAUGUCUACUGGUAUAUACUAUGGAUGGGCCUGUGUUGGAAAUGGAGAUGUGCAUAAAAUGGUUUUGAGCAUAGGAUGGAAUCCUUUCUAUAAGAAUAUUAAGAAAUCAGUGGAGGCCCACAUAAUCCAUACUUUCAAAGAAGACUUUUAUGGAGAAAUUCUUAGCAUAGUCAUUACAGGAUAUAUUCGACCAGAAAAAAACUUUGAUUCUUUAGAGGCACUUAUUUCAGCUAUUCAGGAAGACAUUGAAGAAGCAAAAAGACAACUAGAUUUACCAGAUCAACUUAAACUCAAAGRAGACAACUUCUUUCAUCUGCCAGAAUGCAAAAUAGUAAACAAUCACUAAACGCAGCUCUUCCUCAUAAUUUUUUUUUUUGUGGAGCUCUUUUCUUUGCACUGUGUAAUUGAGGUUGGAACUGAACACUAUAAAAAGAUACAAGAUGAUUCUAGCUUGCUUGCUUGUUCAGUUGAUCAUUAAACCAGUCACAUGAAAACGCAGAGGGGCUGGUUUAGGUCUUGUAGAUAAACUGUGAAUCCUAAGGUUUUCAGUUACUUAAUGAUUUUAGCACAUGCAGAACAUGACCAAAGUUUAUUGUGACCUCUUCUGCUCCCAUGGUGUGGAAAGUUAAAUACUUAAGUGACAAAUGUCUGUUACUAACAUACAAAAUAUUAUUCUAAACUCUUUAGUCAGUUUCAUUCUUGAAUCUGAAUUAUAGCUAGUAGUUUAGAAAAUUUUAAUGCUGAUUGAAUCAAAAAUUUACCUGUGGUGUAGUAAAUCAAUUGUUAYGCAACAAUAACAAGUAUAAUUCGCUGUAGUUGUUAUUUUUGAUAUACUAUACAGCCAUUGUGGUGGAAGCUAGCGUUUUAACUGAAAUUAUUUAUUGUGAGUUUGUUUAAACUAGAGCUAAUCACUGUUACUCAUUGAUUGAGUUACUGGAAAAUCAGAGAUCCACUUCUGUCUAGUUGAUUGCAUGUAUGACAGUGUAGGAGCUGCUUACUUCUGAGGAAGUGCUUUACUAAGCAAAUGACAGAUUGAAAACUGAUGCACUGUGAAGGUUCAGGCUAAGGUGAUGCAGAACAGUAAACAAGACUUCUGCUCUUUGGGCCCUGAGGCACCAAAGGCAGGAUUGCAUAUAUCCUCAUCUCAUAGGUAUAUCUUAUGAGAGUUGAGGAUAACCUAUGGGCUGUUCACCAUACUGRCAAUAAAAUGACUGACUUCAACCUUGAAGUUGGAAUGUAAAAUGCAAGUGAAUUGCUCAUCUGUUGUAGUGAUGUUAACAACAGUGGUUUCUAUAUAAGCACUGGUUAGAAUAAAGAGCAUUUUGACCUCUGCAGCUAAGGUUUACAGGUCUAACUCUACAAAUUGCUGAGAGUUUUGUCCUGAUAGUUGCCUGGAUGUUUUCAACACACUUUUGUGUGUUUUGUUUUUCACUUCCUAGUAAGAGAAUAUUAGGAAGAGAAUUAACUUAGCUGCUGUAAAAAGUGCUGUCUUAAAAAAAAAAAAAAAAAAAAAAAAAAAAAAAGUGGUUUAAUGGACUUUUAAUAUAUUGGAAACUCUAUUCUAAAAGUCUGUAUUAUUAUAAGGGGAUAAAGGGACUUUUUCUUUUUACACCUUCCCAGUGAAAAGAGUGGGGAUAUUCUUGAGUUUGAAACUAUGUCAGAAUCUUAUGUUUUUAUAUUUAUGGAGUCAUAGAAGCAGUAGUCAGCAAAAUAUGUUAAGAACAUAUUUAAGGAAUAAAACUUGGUUUAUCAUAGCUAAACUGUCAUACACUUUUUAAAAAUUGUUCUUGCCAGUGAUUUCAUGUGUCUGUGGAAACCAUGGUGCCUUAAGCUGGUAUAUGAAUAAUACUUUUCUUCAGCUGCUAAUAAAUGAUGAUAUACAGAACUGAUUUGGGUUUGGAGCCAAAGUGCGGACCACAGAUAAUGGUGACAAAAGGAAAACUUGAAAAACUGCUAGUUUGUUCACAAAUCUCACCUGGAGUAUGAAUUAUGACUAGAGUGAAGUAACCUACUUUUAAGUUUGUCUUCAAGUUACAGAAAAUGUAUUUACAUUCAUUUGGC